UCGACGUAGGCCACUGGCGCUGGGGUGAAGCAAUCAUGUCGGAAUUUCUGGAGGACCCGUCUGUGCUAACCAAAGAUAAACUCAAGAGUGUACUUCUAGCCAACAAUGUGUCUCUGCCCAACAGCGAACAGAGGAAGGACGUUUAUGUGCAACUCUACCUGAAAAACCUAACGGCUCAGAACAAGAAGAAGAGUGCCCCUCCACCAGAACCUUUCUCCAGCGACGAUGAGCUUCCAGCCCCCGUGGUCUCCAACCGAUCCAGCCGCUCUGGCAGGAAAGCCACAAAGAAGACUGAUAAGCCGCGGCCGGAGGAAGUUGACGUGCUGGAGCUGAGUGACGAGGAUCUACGCGAAGAGCUGCGCAAGUACGGCCUCAGCGUCGGGCCAAUCGUAGCCUCCACUCGUAAGCUGUAUGAACGUAAGCUUCAGAAACUUAUAGAUGAGGGUCCACCUGAAGCCACGCCCCCACCCGAGGUCGUCACGGAGACGGAUGGCAACCAGAACGGCGGCGCCGAGUCGGAUCACUAUAGCGACAAGGAGGAAGAGGUGGCACCUGAACCCGAGCCCGAGCCCGAACCGGCACCAGUGGUGGAGAGACCGCUGAGGAGCAGAGGGAAGACCCCAGUAACCUCACGAGCAGGCAGCAGAAGCAGUCAGCACAACAGGGCCGCAGCUCAGGACCCGCCCCUGUCCGUGGUUGUCCAAUCCAAAUCCAGUUCCAGGUCCAGAUCUUCUGCCUUCACUGCAGCCAAUCAGCAUCCGGAUCCUCCUGUGGUUGUCCAAUCCAGGUCCAGAUCUUCUGCCUUCACUGCAGCCAAUGAGCAUCCGGAUCCUCCUGUGGUGGUCCAAUCAAAAUCGUGGUCCAAGUCUUCUGCCUUAACAGCAGCCAAGGAGCAACCGGAUCCACCCCUACCUGUGAUUGCCCAAUCCAAAUCCAGGUCCAAGUCUUCUGCCUUUUCAGGAGCCAAUGGAAAUGCAGAUCCGCCUGUGAUUGUCCAAUCCAGCUCCAGGUCCAAGACCGCUUCCUCUGAUGCAGCCAAUGAGGGCCCUCGGCCCACUCCCUUGUCCAAGUUCACUUCCUCUUCCAUCACCUCCACUAUUACCGGAGUAGGUGCAGGUGAGGAUGAGGAGGAGUACUCUUCCUCAUACCGGUUCAAUAACCAAGAACAGGCGCCAAUGCUGCUGAAGCAACGCACCCAUGUGUACCAGGGGCAGAGCGAGCAGGCCAGUGUGGUGUCUGAGAAGCCCAAUGGAAAACAGCAGAAGAUCACUCCAUACCUUUCGCCCGUCACGCCCUUGAAGAACGGGGUAGAGAAGGUGUCAGCAACUCUAGACCAGACCCCGAAGUCCGACGCCAAAGACGUGCUGAAAGAUAUGUUCCCCAACGACGUAGACACGCCAACCGGAAUCAGCGCCACCUGCAGGCGGCCUAUCCGCGGUGCGGCGUCUCGAGCGGGGCUCUCCUCCGACAGCUGGUUGGACGACGCCACUCGCCAGCGCCUCAACCACCUGAGCGAGACCUCCACCUCCUACUACUCCUCCUCCUACCUGGAGUCCCGCACCCCCUCCUCGCGCCUCCUCAACUCCCCCGCCCCUCCCGCCUACACCUCCUCCUCCUCCACCCUCUACUCAACCUCCAUCUCCACCCCCCUAAGGGCGGUGUCUGUGCCCAGCGUAAGGGCCCCCAUCGGCGGGGUGGGGAGUGUGGCUGGUGGUGGAGGUGGUCGUAAGCGCUGGAUGCCCGUGUGGGUGCAGGUGUUGGUGUUCGGCGUGCUGGCCGGCUUCCUGUUCCUGGUGUACCAGGCCAUGGAGACCAAUGAGAGCAACCCGUUCGGCUUCCUUAGCCAAUCGCAGCCGCAGCUGGGCGAGGAGGGCACGCCCACGGGACAGACCAGCAAAUGAGGAGCAAGAAGUUAGAGGGCUUUUUUCUAUUUCUAUCCAUCUCUCACACAAACACAUGAGCUCACACACACUCAUAAAAACAUAUACACACACAUGCACACACACACACACACGCAAGCGUUUGUGUGUCGCCCCUCUCACAUUUUCUCCUGUCCACAGCACAUGCAGUCUACACUAUGCACACACACACACACUUCUCAAAACACAUCCGACCGCACAACAUAUACACACCCCACACUCUCCCUAUCCCCCAGCCCAGUUAAAAUAUCCUCAGCCCUCAACGACAGAAAUCCUUCCUAUACACGUCCUGACGGCCACCCUUCCCCCUGUUCGAUCUUGACAGCCUCGGUUACAUCUCAGCAGUUCUCUUGGGGGAUUCGGCCUCUGUUUUGCCCUGAUCCUCCCGUCUGUCCUAACUAUGUCUCUGUCCCACUGCACAAAAACAAAAAUCUGUCCCAUAUACAUACACAACUUGACUGAACCUUGAAACAGUCAAUCUUUUCGGCCUCGGUUACAUUACAUCUCAGCACUUCUCUUGGGGGGGGAUUCGGCCCCUGUUUUCUCUC